UUGGUGCUUUCAGAAUCCUGGUCAAGUCUUAGCCAUGGCCGAGAAAUUGCCGACAGAAUCCUCGAAUCCUGGCGGGGGAUGGUCCUUCACGCGUUCGGACGAGUUCUCGCUGCGGAAUGUUUCCUCGUGGCGUGUUGCGGAUGGGCCGGACACUGACGGCCAUCUCAUCCAAGUCUCCUGGCCACUCGACUGGCCAGCGGACCCGUCUACUCGUGCCAAUGUGCUGUAGGUCGCAUCCUGCAUGUACCCCGAUCCCCAGCACGGUGGAAUAACAAAUGCGACCACAGUUACGUGGUGGACGGCAAUGCUAUGUUCCUGACUGCCACGGAAGCCGUGCGACGACGACAGGCCCUGCGACCGGACGAACCGGGCACCAUCGUCGUCGGUGUCGGAUACCCACUGGCAGAUACAGCCAAUAUCUGGGAUGCGCGACGAGGGUAUGACCUGACGCCUCCGUGUGAGGAAUUCACGGCACCCAAGGGCCCCGACGGCCAAAGCCAGGCGCAUGCAUACGGUGGCGCGGAUAAAUUUCUUCAGCUAAUCACGACGGUGGUGCAGCCGGUCCUGCUUGGCUCGAUAUUUCCACGCCUCGAGCUGGGGCGGACGGCGCUGUUCGGUCACUCCUACGGCGGGCUUUUCGUGCUCCACUCCUUGUUUACACGCCCGGCUAGCUUCGACACUUAUCUAGCGGCUAGUCCCUCGAUUUGGUGGAAUGACCGGUUUAUCCUCGCCGAGGAAUCGCGCUUUCUUGUAGACUCCGGUCUGGAUCCUCGGCCAGCCCUUCGCCUGUGCUAUGGGUCGCGGGAGCAAUUUCCUGUUCGCGAUAGAGGCGAGUCCGAUGAGAGUUUUCAACAACGGGUUCAGGGCAAAAUGGAACGUCGCAUGAAUGACAAUUGUAAGGAAAUGUACGAUCGACUGGUGCGUGGCGAUCAACUGCGAUCCGUUGAGAUCAGGGAGUAUCCGGAUGAAGAUCAUGGCAGCGUGAUCGCAGCGGCGCUGAGUGGCAGCAUCCAGUAUUUCCUCGACUUGGAUUGAGUCAGAGUUGGUGGUCUGACUGGUGGAGAUGUAGCUGAAUUGAAC